GCUGUUUCUGUUGAUUUUCAUUCGGGGAUUGACGGCCCCUUCAAGACUGGUGAAGAGUCACGUGAUAUGACUAAACCAGUGGCCGCGGGCCAAUCAUACGACGAGGUUUGGGGGCUCCGCCGAGCGCUGACUGGCUGUUUUCUGCCCAUCGUCGCUCUCAUUCCUCAUUGCGGAUCAAAAGUUGAAGGGACACACUAUUAUUCUCCCUCGCUCUCGCUUUCUCUCUCCCCUUCUCUUUCUCUCUUUUGAUAAAAACGUUUUCUAUCAGAACUUAAAAAAAGAUUUUCGGGAACCAGAUAAUCACCACUCCCUCCUCCUGCCUCUCUGAAACAUAGACCUUGGAGUGCGGUUUUUUUUUCUCUUACUCUCCUGGCUCUUCGGCGUGCACCACAAGCCGUCUUUUCCUCCCUCUUGUCCUACUUGCCGGAAAGAACUGGUGCAUGCCUCGUCAUAUAUCCACAAAAACAACAGGAUCUCUUUCAGUCUCCUCGUCCACGCUGCCACUCCUUUGUCGUGGGCAAUUUCAUAAUUAACUUUUUGUCUACCAAAAUUUAAUUAAGCCAGAGGCGCUUCAUUUGUUUUAUUUCUUGCAUUUUCUUUUUUCUUUUCGUUCCCGUGGUCAGUGUCCCACUUCCGACAACAUGAAUGUCACCCAGGUAUUGGAGGGCACUCUGUCGCCAGAUGCGACAACACGUACAAAUGCGGAACAGCAGCUUGUCCACGCGGCGGAGGUCGAUUUCGCCGGAUACCUUGUUACCCUUGGUCAAGAACUGGCGAAUGAAAACACCCCCUCCCACAUCAGAACCGCUGCGGGUCUCGCACUGAAGAAUGCUUUCACUUUCAGAGAUCAUGCUAAGCUACGCGAGGUGCAAGGAAAAUGGCAGCAACAGAUCAGCUCGGAGAUUAAGACACAGGUCAAGGAGCUUGCGCUCAAGACUCUGGAUUCUAAAGACGCCCGCGCCGGCCAGUCUGCAGCUCAGUUCAUCGUCUCCAUUGCUGCCAUCGAGCUACCUCGAAAUGAAUGGCCCGAACUGAUGAACGUUUUGGUUCAGAAUGUUGCAACGGGCUCCAACCAGCUGAAGCAGGCCUCCCUCAUCACAAUCGGUUUCAUCUGUGAAUCCCAGGAUGCUGAUCUUCGGGAGAGCUUAACUGCUCACUCCAACGCAAUCUUGACCGCUGUUGUACAGGGCGCCCGACGUGAAGAAACCAACAUGGAUAUCCGCUAUGCUGCUAUCAAGGCUCUCAGUGACUCAGUAGACUUCGUUCGGUCGAACAUGGACAAUGAAGGUGAACGUAAUUAUAUCAUGCAAGUGGUUUGUGAGGCUACACAAGCCGAUGAUCUCCGUGUUCAGGCGGGCGCAUUUGGUUGCUUGAACCGUAUCAUGGCUGCUUAUUACGAGAAAAUGCGCUUUUACAUGGAGAAGGCUUUGUUUGGCCUCAGCAUCAUGGGUAUGAAGAGCGAGGAGGAGGAUGUUGCCAAGCUAGCUAUUGAAUUUUGGUGCUCCGUUUGCGAGGAGGAAAUUGCCAUUGAGGAUGACAAUGCUGCGGCGCAAGCGGAGGGUUCCGAGGUCCGUCCUUUCUUUGGCUUCGCCCGCGUGGCGUGCAGAGAGGUUGUCCCAGUUUUACUGCAGGCUAUGUGCAGACAGGAUGAGGAUGCGACGGAUGAUGAGUACAAUGUUUCUCGCGCGGCUUAUCAGGCUUUGCAACUCUAUGCUUCUUGUGUCCAGGGCGAGGUCAUCCAGCCUGUUCUCUCCUUUGUCGAGGAAAACAUUCGUAAUGAAGACUGGCGUCGCAGAGACGCUGCAGUUGCGGCAUUCGGCGCCAUCAUGGAUGGACCGGAUCCCAAGGUCCUUGAACCCCUGGUCAAGCAGGCCUUGGGUGUUCUUGUUGGUAUGAUGGAAGAUAGUUCCAUCCAAGUUCGUGAUUCGGCAGCCUAUGCCCUUGGUCGCGUGUGCGACUUCUGCUCUGAGACCCUGGACCCUGACGUGCAUCUACAACCCCUUAUUUCUUGCCUGUUCAACGGGCUUGCCAGCACCCCUAAGAUUGCCAGCUCCUGCUGCUGGGCUCUGAUGAACGUUGCCGAUCGAUUCGCCGGUGACGUCGGUGCGCAGACGAACCCCUUGUCAAAGCACUUUGAAGAAAGUGUUAAGUCGCUUCUUACUCUCACUGAAAGGCAAGAUGCAGACAACCAGCUCCGGACUGCUGGAUAUGAAGUCCUGAACUCCUUCGUUACCAAUGCGGCGAAUGACAGCCUCCCCAUGGUCGCGAGUCUCUCCGACGUUGUGAUUCAGCGUCUGGAACAUACCAUCCCCAUGCAACAGCAAGUUGUUAGUGUGGAAGAUCGGAUCACCUUGGAAGAGGUGCAAACCAGCUUAAUCAGCGUUAUAUUGGCUAUUGUUCAACGUCUCGAAACUGAGAUUAAGCCUCAAGCGGACCGUAUCAUGCACGCGAUGAUCCAGGUUCUAACGACUGUGCCCCCCAAGUCCAGUGUGCCUGAUGUCGUUUUCGCCACAGUCGGUGCUAUUGCAAGUGCACUGGAGGAGGACUUCGUCAAGUAUAUGGAACCCUUUUCGCCAUUCCUUUAUAACGCCCUCGGCAAUCAAGAGGAACCGGGUCUCUGUGCUAUGGCGAUUGGACUGGUCAGCGAUAUCUCCCGUGCCUUGAAUGAAAAGGUUCAGCCAUUCUGUGACUCAUUCAUGAACUACUUGCUCAAUAACUUGAGGAGCUCCACAAAUCAACUGAAGCCUGCAAUCCUCGAGACGUUCGGAGACAUUGCUCAGGCCAUCGGAACACACUUCGACACAUACCUGUCUGUCGUUGCCCAGGUCCUCCAGCAGGCAUCGAUUGUAACCGCCAGCUCGGACGUUAAUAUCGAGAUGCUCGAUUACAUCGUCUCGCUUCGUGAAGGAAUUAUGGAUGCAUGGGGUGGUAUUGUUUUGUCUUAUAAGGGCAAGCCUCAAGUGACUCAGCUCCAGCCUUUUGUUGAAUCUAUCUUCCAGCUCCUCCACCUGAUUUCCCAGGAUCUCAACCGGAGUGAGGGGCUGAUGAGGGCCUCAAUGGGUGUUCUUGGGUACGUUUGCCAUAUUGAACCUUCUCACGCGUGUAUCUAUGUCUAACCAUGAAACAGCGACAUCGCGGAGGCGUUCCCGAAUGGAGAGUUCGCGGCCUUCUUCCGUAACGCUUGGGUUACGGACUUGGUCAGAGACACCAGGAACACCAGAGACUUUGGCCCGACCACAAUUGAGACUGCUCGCUGGGCUCGUGAACAAGUCAAGCGUCAGGUCGCCCUUUCUACUGCUGCAGCUAUGGCGUAAGCAUGGCCGCCAGCAGUCGCAAAGACAUCAAUUGCUCUUGUCGAGACCACCCUCCUCGGAGCAAGGCGCUCCUUUAGGCGCACUCAGAGAAGUUACGCCGUGGACCACUUGCUUCCAUUCCAUAAAGUGAAUUCUGUUUCACGAGGGAUGCUGAAACGCCGUGCCCUUGAUCGAAUUUUAACUUGCCAGACGAAGUAUCCCUGUAUCAUGUGGUACGGUUGAACGAGCUGAUACUGGCGAUACCCCUUUGAUCUAAGCACAACUACCUUGUCCGUUCUUCAAUCUUCCCUAUCCCAUCGCCCCUUCCCAUCUUCCCCAGCCCUUCAGCUCCCUGUUGGGCACUCCCUGUUUCCCACUUUUCGGAACCAUUAGCCCCCUCAUGACGCCCGAAUGCAUUCUGUUUCAUCGUUGCUGGCAUCCUUUUUUUU